ACUAAUGAAAGUUAAUGGAUUGCUGAAGCUGAAGGAGAUGUUUGUAUCAAAAUUUGGAUCGGCUCCCAAGUUUUAUGUUCGUGCACCAGGGCGAGUCAACUUAAUAGGAGAACAUAUAGACUACUGUGGUUAUGCUGUGCUCCCUAUGGCUAUAGAACAAGAUAUACUGAUUGCAGUAGAACCUGUAAAAACACAGGUUGUGCAACUGGCCAAUACAAAUUCUUCGUACUUGGAUUUCAGUGCUAGUGCUAAUAACAUUCAGAUUAACAAAACCAAACCUCUAUGGCAUAACUACUUUCUCUGCGGACUGAAGGGCAUUCAGGAACAUUUUGGUCUUAAUAAUCCAACUGGAAUGAAUUGUCUGCUAGAUGGAACCAUCCCUCCAAGUUCUGGUCUCUCUAGCUCCAGUGCUUUGGUGUGUUGUGCAGGACUCGUGACACUAAGAGCUAAUGGAAAAACCCUCUCUAAGGUGGAACUUGCAGAAAUUUGUGCGAAGAGUGAACGUUAUGUUGGCACCGAAGGUGGAGGAAUGGACCAGUCAAUAUCUUUUCUGGCAGAAGAAGGAACUGCCAAGUUGAUAGAGUUCAGUCCUCUGAGGGCAACUGAUGUUAGACUUCCAAGUGGAGCAGCGUUUGUUAUUGCUAACAGUUGUGUUGAAAUGAAUAAAGCAGCAACUUCUCAUUACAAUAUUAGGGUAAUGGAGUGUCGUCUGGCUACAAAGCUUCUCUCAAAGUCAAAAGGCUUGGACUGGAAAAAAAUACUGAAACUCCAAGAUGUGCAAGUCAAGCUAGCAGUUAGCCUAGAGGAAAUGCUGACCAUUGUCGAGGAGGUAUUUCACCCUGAGCCUUACAGCACAGAGGAAAUUUGUAAAUGCCUGGGAAUUAGCCUGGAGGAGCUCCGCACUCAGAUCCUUAGUCAAAACACACAAGAUGUUUCUACUUUUAAGUUAUACCAGCGUGCUAAGCAUGUGUAUAGUGAAGCAGCCAGAGUGCUGGAAUUUAAGAAGAUAUGCGAUGAGGCACCUGCCAAUGCAAUCCAGCUGCUGGGAGAAUUAAUGAACCAGAGCUAUAUCAGCUGCAGGGAAAUGUAUGAAUGCAGCUGUCCUGAACUGGAUCGGCUGGUAGACAUCUGCCUGCAAUUUGGGGCCGUUGGGUCACGCCUGACUGGAGCUGGAUGGGGUGGCUGCACUGUAUCAAUGGUGCCUACUGACAAGCUGAAUAAUUUCCUAAAAAAUGUAGAAAAAGCUUAUUACCAAACCAAUGUCCAAAGGUUAACCGUGGAGAAUAAUAGUCUGUUUGCCACCAAACCCGGAAGAGGAGCUUUGAUUUUUGUAGAGGCCUAAAGAAUGUAAAGAAUGUACAAAUUUUAAAGAAACUGUGUAGGGCAUUUAGAACUGGCAGGACUUCCUAUGCCACCAUAAAUUAAUCCUUUUCCUGUUUUCUUUAUUACAACAGUUGCUAUAAUCAAAAGUUAUUUCUGAAGAAGCAAUUAAGAGAACACUCUUAGAUUAUAAAGUCUAUUUUUUCCAUCCUAAAAAUAUCUUUCAGUGUAAACAUUGAUUUAUAGAAACCUAUUGACAUGGAAAACUGAAGUGCUGAAAUAGAUGUCCCUUUGUUACAGUGGAUCUUUUAUCUAUUCUUUUUACUUUUGUAAAGGUAAGAGCAGGUGGAAAAUGAGUUAUUUCAUUGUUGGAACCUUGCAAAGUUUGCAGAGCUGUUCAAUGCUCAUUCACUUCUGCUGCUGGAUGUCUUUUGGUUUUAAGUCCUGUAAAAAUAAAAGAUCAAACUGAAGUAUUCAAAAAACUGAAGGACCUGGCUAAUCAUUACAAGUUUUAUAAUAGCCUCAAAGAGGAUUACUAUUGUUGUAAUUAAUGAUAAUAUUGGUGGAGUACUUGCCGGCCCCAGUUAAGCAUUAGCAACAUAUGUUAAGCAGGAAACCCUAUCUGAACUUAUUGUCACAACAGGUUCUGAUUCUUUUUCAAAAUUUGGGACAACUGUGAAUUUUUCCCAAGUUGGAAAGAAACUGACAGAAGUACUGGUUUUCUUGGCAGAGUGAGUGGCAUCACAGUUACUGUUAAAAAAAUGGAGAAGUCAUUCCAUUUGCAAACCAUUUGCUUCACCUGAUAGCUGUUCUCAGGAAUUUUCCUUCUAGAAGGAGUUUCUUAUGCUUGAUUUUAGUGCAAAGGUCACUUUUUAUGAAAGUUUCAACAAAAUCAAUGCUGUUUGUUAGCUGGGCAUGAUAACAUAUUUGCUUCACUAAAUGAAUGAACAGAUAGUGAAGCAAACUGGUUUUGAGUUGCCCAAAUACCAUAUUCCAAUUGUUAAAUCUCAGCUUCUGUAAGUUUGAUUCUCAUGCAAAAACUGUUACAAAGUCUUGAAUAUAAUCCAUUGACCAUGUAAAAUAAAUUAAAAUUUAUAUUAUUAAUUAAGGAAAUAAUUCAUUCGGUUAUAGCAAGCAAAAGCAAAUAUAUGUGACCAAGAAUAAAUGUCAUUAACAUAUUGUUGGCAAACUGCUGUCUCUCUCCCACUUCAUGCAGUGCCUAAGGAGGGUCCUGACAACUCAAGGUUAUAAUUGCAAUGCAUUGGAAAUACAUCAUCCGUAAAUCAUAACCCUUCUUCUCAGUAGGAAAAAUGAUUAUGAUUGCUCAAAGAGGUGGCUGUAGGUUAAGAUAUCUCAAAGAGGUCUUAACCCUGCUUCUGAGUGGAAAAUUAGCUUCCUGGGCCCUGUCUUUCACAGCCCAAAAUAUUCUACUGCUUUGCUAUAUGCAGUGAAAACUCAGCAGAAGUUUUGCUAGUGUCAUAACCCUUGCAGCCAUAAAGACAUAGCAAGAUUUGUCCCUGUGCACAUUUCUGUGAUGCUAAGCACAUGUAAAUGUCCAGAAGCCUGCAUCAAAUAAAUUAGAGAUCUCUCAGAAGAGAUCCUCUGUACGUUACCCAUGCUAAUUCAGGCCAAAAAUGAAUUCUUAGAGGCUACUAAUUCUGUGAGAGGACUCUGCCAAAUUUAAUACAGCAGAUGAACAAAAGCCAACACAGACUGCCAGAUCUUUUCAGGAGCCUCAGAGGGGACUUCUAAUGGUAAUAUUAUCAUCAGAGAGGAUUUGUGUUUUCUAACAACCAGAAAGAGUGGAACAGGAAUGCUACAGAUCAAGAAAAUCAACUGACAGUACUCGGGAAAAGUAAGUCAAAGGACAGGCUCUGGGCAUGUUGGGGAGGAAUGGAAAGACUGGUGUUGGAGGGAGGAGAAUUAAAAGGGUGUAUUUGAAAAGGGGAAUAAGGGCGAUAGUUAAGAACAGGAGGUAGAAUUACACAUUGGUCUAAUUUUAAAACAGGCUUUCAAAAUUAAUACUUAAGAGAAUUUAAUGUCUUAUAACCCCCAUUUGUAAUGUACAGCAGAUGUGCUGUAUGUUCAACCAAACGUGUAAAUACAGGACUCCAAAAGUCAAAUAACAAUAGGCAAAGAUCUUGAAGAAUCUCCCAAGACAAUUGUAGAGAUUUUAAAGAAAAUAAUACCAUUGCGUUGUUACAAUCUGCCUUAUUAAAUAUAAGGACAGUAAUAAUCCUCAUUUUAAUUCAUUUUCUGUCAUAGCAACAGAUUACAACACUGUACAUACCAAUUCUUUUGUUACUAUAGCUGUGUUGCACUUCAGUUCAGCUGGAUUCCUGGAAGCUGUAAUCUGUCUAAGAACAGAAUAAAGGUAUUUUAGCUCUUUUUUUUUUUCCCCCAAGUUGAGCAUGACACACUCUAGUCACAAAAUCUUCCCAAAAACAUGUAGGCAAGUUUUCGGUCUGCAGCACGUUUCAGAAUUUUUCUGCCAGUGAAUCUUGUUAUAUUUUCAUAAGUGAAGAAAACAGAAAAGUGGCAUAUUACAAAAGAGUGAAAACAAACCUUCUAAACUUCUGGUCAAUUUCUUUCCUUUCUUUCAUUAUUGCUUCAAUGCCUUUUUCAUAUUUUUGCUGUAAUCUGCAAAAUAAAAAUUGGGACAUAACUUUCGAUGGAAGAUCUAGGAAAUUCAAACUGUAUACAUAAAAAAGGCACUCAAACAUUUUUAUUUACAUACUACCAACAGAAAAUAAAUGU